CAUGAAUCAAGACCAAUUUGAGAACGAGGGAGAUCCUUAACAGCAAUUCUUGGAAGUACUUUAUUAAAUUAAGUUACAUUAGGCUUUUAAGGAGCUGUUGGAGGUUUAAAAUUAGAGGAUGUACAAUGGAAAUGAUAUGUUAAAUCAGUAUUGUCCUCAAUUGCAAUAUCCGGUGAUCUUGCCCACGCAGAUCCCAAACACUUUCAUUGUAUUUUGGCAUUCAAAUAGUCUAGAUCAACAUGGGUCCCUAUUACCCUCAUAUUUAGUAGCCUCAAUUACAUCCAUAACCGACUCUUUAAACAAGACUAGCACCCUAAAUCUCGCAGAAUUAGUAACAUAACCAUCAGAACAUCAAGGAGGAAGAACAUGAUGACAACAAAUAAUCUAGGAAUUGGCUAUAAUAGAGAAAAUGAUGAACACUUAUAAAAUAUUAUUUUUUU